CCACCGUAUCUAAUCCCCGCCUCCGGCGAAUUCUAAGUAGCUUUGGCGCGAGUCUGAGUCUUGUGGUUAACCCGGGAGAAGCUUCGGGAGCUCCACGCGUGGCAAAUCUGCAGUUAGUAAUGGACCCCUUCGGCUUGCAGGGCAACCUUUCAGAGAAGAGAAAAUCCACAGCAUUCCGUAAUACUAGACUAAUCCCUAUGGAAACGUCUUCAUCCUCUGAUGAUAGCUGUGACAGUUUUGGCUCUGAUAAUUUUGCAAACACGAAACCAACCUUCAAGCCAGAAGUUGCAGAAGAAAUGGCUAAAAUAUUUUACGAGGAUUCAGAUGAAGAAUCUUUCUGUGGCUUUUCAGAAAGUGAGAUUCAAGACGUGCUGAAACUGGGGACAGAUUCUGAAGAAGAAGCAGAGAAAUGUUCACGUAAAUGGCCUAAGAAAAGUGCUGCUCCCCUUAAAGUUGCUCUGAAGUUCCCACCACGAAGGUCUAAGAGGGGAAAGAGUAAAACAGUUCCAGCUUCACAACCUUCCUGUAAAUUGGACUCUGAGGCAGAAUCUGAUGAAGAAAGUGGACCCAAAUUCUUGGAGAGAAGAGCUUUAAAUAUAAAGGAGAACAAAGCCAUGCUUGCAAAGCUAAUGGAAGAAUUAAAAAAUGUGUCUGGAAUUUUUACUAAAAGAGGCCCGCUCGCAACUCCUACUUUGAAAGCCCAGCGCAGUCCAAGGAAAUCAGUUCCCAGAAGUGCUCCAAGGAGGAAUCCAGAAAGAAGUUCUAGGCCUCACACAAGAUCCAGAUCCCUAAUUGAAGGUCCUCCAAAUUCCAUGUCUAUGGAGGAAGAGGAGGAGGAUCCCUACAUGUUAGUGAGAAGGAAAAUGUAUGACGAUUUUUCUGAGGAUGAAAGGGAUACCCCCAGAAGAAAGCGCACUAGUGCUAUGACUCUUCCCCAUGUCAUCCGUUCAGUGGACGAAAUAACCGAGGAAGAGCUGGAUAAUAUUUGUGAAACUGUGAAAGAUAAAGUCUACAACCGUGCAACGGGUUCUACCUGUCAUCAGUGUCGUCAGAAAACGACAGAUACUAAGACAAAUUGCCGGAACCCAGAGUGUCUUGGAGUACGUGGCCAAUUCUGUGGACCUUGUCUUCGUAAUCGUUAUGGAGAAGAAGUCAGGGCUGCCUUGUUGGAUCCAAACUGGUACUGCCCACCUUGCCGUGGGAUCUGCAAUUGUAGCUUCUGCAGGCAGCGGGAAGGAAGAUGUGCUACUGGCGUCUUGGUUUACUUAGCCAAGUAUCAUGGAUAUGAUAAUGUCCAUGCUUACUUGAAAAGUUUGAAACAAGAACUUGAAAUGCAAGAAUGAACUUCUGAAGCAAUUCCAGAAUAAUCUUCAGCGCAUAUGCUUAGAUUGUCUGAUUUGAGAAUUCACUUUUAUUAAUGGUUGGCAUCUUUCAGAAAAGGGAACAAAAAUUGUGGCUUUUGACUGAAGUUCAAAGUUGCAGGAUAGAGGUUCGUCAUACCGUUAAAUCAAAGCUUUCCUACUUAGUCCUGUUUCAUGAUGAAUGCUACUGGAUCUUAAUUAGCAUCCCGCAGAGCAGGAAGAGGUCUCAUUCAACCCAUUGGGUAGCUGCGGCUUCAUACAAAGGCUAUAACCAACCAAAAACAGUACUUGCCAUUAUAGUUCUCCGGAAUCUCACUGUGUGAGAUUUUCUGGUGGCAGUUUUCAUAGGUACUUUCCCCAUGCAACUCUUGAGUUUACGUUCAUGUUGGAACUGCUGCGGUCACAUUAUCCCUAACUAUUGUUAAUGUUAGCUGAGUCCAAUUUUUGUUUCCCCUUUGUUGGAAAGAAAGUCUUUGGGGAGGCAUUCAAUGUAUCUACAUUUGCAGUUAUCAUGUAUAGUAGAUUCAGUAAUGAAUCAAACGCUAGCUUUUAAAGCUAUUGUAAAUAGCAGCUGUGAUUAUCUAAUUGCAAAGCAACUUAAAUUCCUGACAACUUUUUUUGAAAGAAGCAGUGAUAACUCGAUACUUAGGUUCAAAAUUUUGAUAGUAAUUGAAAUGGUUUAAAUCAACAAGUGAAGUGUACUUGAUCAGUCAUGCUUAGGACCAUGUUUCGUUCUGUUUAAAAUAAUACUUACAAUGAAAGUGUGACUAAAAGGGUCUUGAGAAGAUUCAGACUUAUGAAAAAUUAGUAAAUGGUUUGAUCCUAAAGCUUAUUGACCCCGAGAUCUUGGUAAGGGAUAUUUAAAAGGAACCAUUAGGGAAGGCAGUUUCAUUAGGGCUGCAGCAAUCCAAAAAUAAUUAGCUGGAAGCAAGUUGUAAAAGCAAACUGUCUCUUUGCUGUUAGUUUAGACUUUUGCAGACUGGUUCAAGUAAUUCUAAAUUGGAUUAUUGACCAAAUAAUUUCACUAAUAUAUAAAGCAUCAUGCCUUAGAUUUUCUCAAGAAUUGUUUAUUGUAGAUAAGGAUUCACAAGUCUUCCAUCAUAGUUUAUGCUGGAGCCAAUCUUGCAUGAUCUGCAUGUUGGGUUGUAAAUGCAAGGCUUUCAGGCAGCAAUUUGAUAAACUCUGUGCUUGUCUAAAGUGACCAUGAACAAUACAAUUUCAUGAGUUGUAAUGUAGAUAGGAUCCUAAUUGGUGAUAUUUCAAACUGUGUUGGUUAAUAAGGCAUGGAGCUUGUGCAUCAAACACAGGUGGAGGUUGUGGCUUUCAUAUACUAACUGGUAGUGUAUCUGCUUAAAUGCUGUGCUAACUGGAUAAAAGCUACCCAUCCAAAGUGCAUUGGAUAUAAAAUCGUGUUGAAUAAACUGCCAGAGGGGAAGUGAACAGAUCUCUUGAGUUGCCGAGACCCUUUAAGAAGGAAUCACUUUUGCUACUUUUCCAUGUAAUACUCAUACUAAGUACCAUUUGUAAGCAGUUCAAUACAAUAUAAAAUCUAAACGGAAGAAUAUCAUCUCUCCCACAGAGAGUUUAGAUUUAAUUUUCAUAGUGCACAUUUCAGGGGGAAAAAUCAUCGGCUGUUUUGCUUUGCCUCUAAAAUUGUGGUGUUAUAAUGCUUGGACACGUGGCUGUUAAUUUUCUGAAGAUUUGUUUUAAAUGCAGCAAAAGACAGUAGCACUACUCAAGUCUUUUCCCUAGGGUAGUUUAAACAAUACUGUAACCUGAUACUUUUUAUGUAUGAAAUGUAAUUUUGAUUAAUUAAAGUUUGCUUAGCAGUGGGCUGAAAAGGCCGUUGUUUCUUGUGCUUCUGUGUGUGCCAAGGUUCCAUGUUGAUUUCAGCACUUAUAUUUUGUGUACAGGAUAAAACAUCCAUGACUCUGAUCCUGUACGAAAACUGCUUGCAGUGCAUAUUCAGAUUUUCCAUAUUUCAUUGUAAUCAGAUCAGGAUGUUAACAGCAAGGGGGAAAAACACAAUUGCAGCAGGGAAAUUUAAAGUAACUAUUUUCUCCUUCCCUCUCCUCAUCCUUUUAAGCAGCAAAGUUGCCUUUAAUAAUCCCAGCUUUGAUCUUUGUCUUGUAACAUUCUACAGGCGUUCUACAGUUCCCCAUCCAGAGUAUGGUCACAGUUAAUCUAAUGUAUGUAGACUGCAGAUGCAGAUAGCUGCGUUAGAUGGAUAAAGGUUAUGUUAUGCCAAAACUCAGGAGUCUGGUACCAACUCUUCAGAUUAUAAUAUUUUACUAAAAGGCAUAAGCUUUUCCAAGCAACAUCUUAUAAUGGCAUGCCUAGCACUGAAGCUAAUUGGCAUGAACAAGAUUUUAUACUGGGGGAAAAAAAUCCAGAUUAGAAUGAAAAGCUAUGCUAUGUACCUUUGUCUCUCCUAGACAAUAUUUUUUUUUUAUAGUUAAAGUGAGCCUGUAGUUCUCCUAUUCUGACCUGAAGAACCUACUUGGAUCUUCACUUUUGAAAGCAGGUUCUGUUGAAUGAGUUACAUUUUAUAUCCUGCACUUGGGAUAAUCCCUAAAUUGAAAACUCACACUGAUUAUAGAGAUGCCAGGAAAUCCGCCAGCGUAUCUCUGAAGGCUGUACUAUUUUGCAUCACAAAGCAAACUCCCAGCCAUUGUGAAUGAGUCUUGCUUUAAUCCAGAAAGAUCUAUAUCCACAACUUUACCCCAUUUCCUGGGAACAUGUAAUUAAUCAUUUGUACCUUAUUUUUCAUAGCAGCUUUCAAUCCAAACCAAUGAUAUAUAGGAAAUUGCCUUUAUUAUAAAAUAACGGCAUAUCCCCCCCCCCAUAAGUAUUGCAUUG